AUGGGCUUUGUGGAGGUCCUGCACAAGCCCAACAAGAAGGCUAAAGACUAUGACCCUACGAAGAGGCGGCGUCGCAAGGAGAUCCACCGUGAGCUGUUCUUUGAGGCCUUCCCAAGGAUUGGCGUGGAGCCGCAUUUGGUCGAUAGGCCGGAGGGGGGCAAACGGAAGAUGUUUGGAGAAGAGGUUUUGUGUGGUGGUAGUUUUCCCAAGUUUUCCCCAUGUACUUCCGUUCCGCCCAGUGCGCCAUGA